AUGGAGGCAAAGGGAGCGGCCGCUGCUAGCCGGGUACGGCUUAACGGCUGCGGCCAAGGGCAAUCAAAUUUGGGACAUAAAGGCCGCCCCCACAUCGUCGCCGCCUCCCUGGACGGCGCGCUCGCUGCCACACCCUCGCACGCUGUCGGCAACAUCGCCACCUCCCUGGAAGGCGCAUUCGCUGCCACCGCAUCAGAUGUCGUCGGCAGCACCGUCGCCGCCUCCCUCGAGGGCGCACUUGCUGCCACCGCAUCACACGUCGUCGGCAGCACCGUCGCCGCCUCCCUGGAUGGCGCACUCGCUGCCACCGCGUCACACGCUGUCCGCACCACCGUCGCCGCACCCCCUGCCACCGCCUCAAACGCCGGCGGCUGCAUCGUCCAGGUCUCCCUGUCACCGUGUCACACGCCGGUGGCUACACCAUCACCGCCGUCCUUGACAGCGCCGUACCUCCCAGACGGGCCAUCGCCUUCCUGCAAGCUGAGACAAGGCUUAACGAAUCUACCAAAUGGUUCACAAUCACUUGGAGGCAUCCCACAACAGAAGGAGAAUAAUGCAACAAACAAAGAUGAUAACAGUUGGUUGCACAGGAAUGGUGCAUACCAAAUGCAACAAAUUGCAGGAAGGAUGAGAGUUGUAGCGAUGCCUCUUGGUCAGGAACCGCAGACAAUUUCCACCAUCGCACGGGAUAGUUCACAAGUUACAUACCCUUCUAUUGGCUCCAAUCAACCUCAAAAUACCCGAACUAAAUGUAUGUCUGAGAAUGCUGGUCAAACCAAUGGAGAACUGCAAAGCAACGAGCAGGCAGAUGAUCCAUAUGGAAUAUUUGAGCCCAUUUUUCAACAAUCCAAUUUAGAGGCUUGCGAGGGGACGGUGCAAAGUGAACAAGGUGCAUUCCAUGAGCCUGAUGAAGAAGCUAGAAUAUUUCCUGAACAAGAUGUUCCUUUUGAAUCAAAAGGAAAAGUCUCAAUUGUUACUCCAGAGGUUCCAGAAGAGUUGAAACGGUUGUUUACAAGUCAAGAGGAUGUUGAUGCUAAAUAUUUCAGAGAGAACAUUCGGUAUUUCAACUCGCACUUCUCAUUCACAAGUCUAGGAGUCACCCUUGAUCGCCGAGUCAGCACAGCUGCAAGAACUGGUGUCUAUACAUUCCGCAUCACCGCUGGUUUGUACCACGCUCUUGAUAAUCUGGUGGCAGCUGAUAAUGGACCUCGGCAUUUCCAGCUCUAUAUUUAUGAUACAGAUGAAAACUUGAUUCAUAGGGGUAACAGGUCGCCAGAUCUUAAUAUAGAGCUCAUACGAAGGAUUUUGAAAAUACUAGAGAAUAACCCUUAUGCGCAGGUUUUCAAGAGCCUUGGGUCUAUUCCGAAUCUAGAUGAAUAUAAGAUCUCACUAAACACAGAUAUCAAGCUAGAUCGACGAAGGUACAAUGCCCCAACAGCUUCUCAGGUGGCAGAGAUAUGGGUUGAAGGAAGCGACCCACAAAAUUGCUUUGACAGGAGUGUUGUCGUGCAUGGAAAAGGAGACCGACCCUUGUAUAUUAGAGCAUACUAUGGUUGCUAUGAUCCAUUGUCAUAUCCUCUGUUCUUCCCACGUGGGGAGACUGGUUGGAAUCGUUGGAUGCCAUUUGUUGGGCCUCCCGAUGACACGACCCAACAUUUAGCAGAUAAUUCGUCAAGACAACUGAACCAAGCCUUUGAUUUACCUACAGAUGGUGACUUGAUUAGAGAAGAACAAUUUGUGAAUUUUGCACCAGAUGAAGCCAAUGCCACUAAUUUACCUACAGGUGUUGAUGAUGCACAAGAUGAAGACAAUGCUACUGAUUUACUUGAAGAUGACAACGAGGAUAACCCAGAUGAUGAUUUUGGUGAAAAUGAGAAGAAUGCAACACACUCUAGGAAAUUUGUUAGUGCAAGGGAGUACUACUGCUUCAAAGUGCAGUGGGCUGUUGACAUGUAUAUCAAAAUUGAGACUAUGAGGCUUGACUGGUACUCAAAACCGGCAAAUCAGAAGAUUAUACGUGCUGACCUCUACCAGGGUCUUGUUGACACUGUUGUUGCUGGCGAGUCACGCGGUGAUCGGAUUGGCAAGAGAAUCGUGCUUCCACGUACAUUUCCUGGUGGGGAUCGCGACAUGCAGCGGAGGUUCCUGGAUGCGAUGGCCAUAGUUCAGCGUUGGGGUAAACCAGACUACUUUAUCACGAUGACUUGCAAUCCUUAUUGGGAGGAGAUAACCGAGAGAUUGUUUCCUGGACAAUUGCCACAAGACCGUCCAGACCUGGUGGCAAGAGUAUUCAAAGCGGAACAACGAGAUUUGAUGGACUUAUUGACUAAGGGUAAGCAUUUUGGAGAAGUCGCAGCUUAUGUUCAUGUCACAGAGUUUCAGAAACGAGGUCUCCCGCAUGAACAUAUACUUCUAAUCAUGAAAGCAAAAAGCAAGUUAGCGACCCCAGAUGACUAUGACCGGGUGAUAUCUGCAGAGAUACCUGAACAAGAGAAAUACACUGUUUUGCAUGAUCUGGUCAUCAAACACAUGUUGCACGGACCCUGUGGUGAGUUGAAGAAAAAUUGUCCUUACAUGAUUGACGGACAAUGCCGAUUUCAUUACCCACGAGAAUUUUGUGAUGCCACACAGCAAGGGAAAGACUCAUAUCCCAUCUAUAGAAGGAGGGACAAUGGGCGUGGAGUUAGGAUCAGAGGAGCAGAUUUGGACAACAGAUGGGUCGUCCCUUACAACCCCUUUCUGCUUAUGCGAUACAACUGCCACAUUAAUGUCGAAGCUUGCUCGAGCAUCAAGGCAGUCAAGUACUUGUUCAAGUACAUCUAUAAAGGGCAUGACAAAGCUUCCUUCGCAUGCGAGCAGGAUAUCAUCAAUGAUGGUGGAACCAUCAAUGAAAUUCGACAAUAUAGGGAUGCUCGCUUUGUAUCUCCUCCAGAUGCGAUGCAUCGGCUUUAUGGUUUUAAAUUAUUUGGUGUAAGUCCAUCAGUGCUGCAGCUGCAGCUUCAUUUGGAAAACAUGCAUACAGUCGCAUUUAAAGCAAGUGAAAAUCUAGAAGAUGUUGUCGCUCGACCAUCUUCUUCCAAGUCCAUGCUUACUGAGUACUUUGAGAUGAACCGGAAGUUUCCGGUAGCACGGAAAUGGUUGUAUAGGGAGUUUCCAGAACAUUAUAGAUGUAUUGAUGGAAAUAAGAAAUGGCAGAAUAGAAAAAAUAAGAGAUCACAAAUUGGAAGACUUGUGUACGCACACCCUGCUGAAGGAGAUAGGUACUACUUGCGUGUGCUCCUAAGUCAUGUCCGAGGAGCCACUUCAUUUGACAAUUUAAAAACUGUAAAUGGCAAGCUAUGCAGUUCCUUCAGGGAAGCAUGUGAGCACUUAGGCCUCAUUGAGCACGACAAGACCCUUGAUGAUUGCAUGACGGAGGCAGCCACAUUUCAGAUGCCUUGUGCCUUAAGAAGGUUGUUUGCAACUAUAUUGGUGUUCUGCGAGGCAACAGAAAUCCAAAGGAUGUGGGACAAACAUCUAGCAUCAAUGUCUGAGGAUUACUGUCUUAAUCAAUCAAAUGAGGCAGCAAUAGAGCAGAUGGUCCUUAGAGAUAUCAGGGAUAUGUUGCAAUCCAUGGGAAAGGAUAUUACAAGCUAUGGACUUCCGGAUCUGGUUGACAUGGAUGGUUCUUAUCAUGCGGAGUAUAGAGAGGUAGUAGAGGAGAGGCAAGUCACCGCAGACAAAGAACAUCUAGAUCUAUUUGGUAGUUUGAACAGUGAGCAGCUGACUGGUUUCAAUGAUAUAAUGGAUCAUGUGACAAACAAAAAAGGUCAGAUAUUCUUUGUUGAUGGUCCAGGAGGCACUGGCAAGACGUACUUAUACAAGGCAUUGCUUGCAAAGGUGCGUUCCAUGGGCUUAAUAGCAAUUGCAACUGCUACAUCAGGUAUAGCGGCAUCAAUAAUGCCUGGAGGCCGUACUGCACACUCCAGGUUCAAAAUUCCAAUCAAGCUCAAAGAUAACAGCAUGUGUAGUUUUACAAAGCAGAGUGGUACGACAGAGUUGCUAAAACAGGCGUCCUUAAUAAUUUGGGACGAAGUUGCUAUGACCAAACGUCAAGCAGUUGAGACACUUGAUAGAUCGCUCCAAGAUAUAAUGGAAUGUCCUUUGCCAUUUGGGGGAAAGGUUGUCGUCUUUGGUGGGGAUUUCAGGCAGGUCCUUCCCGUUGUGACACGUGGGACAAGAGCACAGAUAACGGAUGCUACACUUCUGAGAUCAUAUCUGUGGCAGAAGACACGCAAGAUACGCCUCACACGCAAUAUGCGGGCACAUGCCGAUCCUUGGUUCUCUGAAUACCUCCUAAGGAUCGGCAAUGGAACAGAAGAGACAAUUGGUGACGACUAUGUGCGUCUCCCUGACGACAUUGUGAUCGGCUACACCGAGGAUGAAAAAGCUAUUAACACGCUCAUUGAAAAUGUCUUCCCAUCGCUACAUGACAACACUAGGUCGAGAGAAUACAUGAGCGCACGUGCAAUCCUAUCUACCAAGAACGAGCAUGUGGAUGACCUGAAUGACAAGAUGAUCUCCAGGUUUCCAGGCAAAGAAAGGUUAUACCAUAGCUUCGACUCAACCGAGGAUGAUUUGCAGAAUAAUUACACUAUUGACUUUUUGAACUCGAUCACACCAAAUGGAUUUCCCCCGCAUGUCUUGAGAUUGAAAGCCAAUUGCCCGGUCAUUCUGCUCCGAAACCUCGACCCUCAUAAUGGCCUAUGCAACGGAACACGGCUUAUGAUAAGAGCCUUCCAAGAUAAUGCAAUCGAUGCGGAGAUUGUUGGUGGUCAGCAUGCUGGAAAGAGGACCAAAGAAUGUAACUGA